AUGCCUAAGCUGAGCCCAUUAUCACUAAAGCAAGAACAACCGCAGCCCAGGUCUCGAAAUCGUUCCGUUCCAUUUCCCUCUUCGAACUUCUUACCAAACGCUCCACCUCAUCUCUUCUCGCCGUCGCCGCCCGCCGGAGACCGUAGAGACGAAACCGCCGCGGCCAAUUGUCCUUCCUUCCUAAAUCUGUUUUCUUCCCCGUUUCACUUGCUGUACACCGUGGAAGCGAAGAUUCAAAGGCUUUUGGUAUAUAUUACCUACUACUACCCAGUUACCGCCACCGCCCACCAACCCCUCCAAACCCUUUCCAAUAUUCCAUUUCCCACCAACCCCUCAACCCCCGAGAUCCCACCUUUAUACAAAAAAAGGAAACAAAGUUCCAAGCUUUACGAAACCCAACGACUCUCUUGUCCGUCUCUCUCUCUCACAAUGGCUGCUUCUCUGCAAGCUGGUUCCACUCCUGGGAUUGCCAGGAAUCAACCUUUCCCGCCACUUCGUCCGGCUUCACACUGCUAUGGGAAUUCUGUUUCCUUCCCUUCCCAGCGACCCUCUCUCAAUCUGAAGUCAACCGAGACAUCACAGUCAGUAUGUUUCUCUACAGUAAGGGCAAUGGCUAAGUCUGAUACUGCCGCGGAAGCUGUGGAAUUGGAUAUCUCAUUGAGCCCCAGAGUGAAUUCGGUGAAACCCUCGAAAACUGUGGCCAUAACGGAUCAGGCAACUGCUCUAGCAGAAGCUGGUGUUCCUGUGAUUCGGCUGGCUGCUGGAGAACCCGAUUUCGACACCCCAGCUGUGAUUGCCGAGGCUGGCAUUAAUGCUAUCCGUGAAGGUUACACUAGGUACUCCCCUAAUGCUGGCACACAGGAGCUUCGUGCAGCAAUUUGUAAGAAGCUGAAAGAGGAGAACGGUCUCUCUUAUUCGCCUGACCAGGUUGUAGUUAGCAAUGGAGCGAAGCAGUGUAUCAUUCAAGCAGUACUUGCAGUUUGUUCCCCAGGGGAUGAGGUUGUCAUCCCAGCACCGUUCUGGGUUAGUUAUCCGGAAAUGGCGAGAUUGGCUGAUGCUGAACCUGUGAUUGUUCCAACCUCUAUCUCUGAGAACUUUCUUAUGGAUCCAAAAGUGUUGGAAUCCAAACUUACCGAGAAGUCGAGACUAUUGAUACUCUGCUCUCCAUCUAACCCAACAGGAUCUGUUUAUCCCAGGGAAUUGCUAGAAGAGAUUGCCAAAAUUGUAGCUAAACAUCCCAGACUUCUGGUUCUGUCUGACGAAAUAUACGAACACAUUAUUUAUGAACCUUCCAAGCACACAAGCUUUGCGUCUUUGCCAGGCAUGUGGGAAAGGACUCUCACAGUAAAUGGAUUUUCCAAGGCUUUUGCCAUGACUGGGUGGAGACUUGGAUAUAUUGCUGGUCCUAAGCAUUUCGUAUCAGCAUGUAACAAGAUACAAAGCCAGUCAACUUCUGGGGCCAGCAGUAUAUCACAGAAAGCUGCAGUUGCUGCAUUGGGACUAGGCUAUGCCGGUGGGGAAGCAGUGGCUGCCAUGGUGAAAGCAUUCAGGGAGCGUCGAGACUUCUUGGUUAAAAGCUUUGGAGAAAUCGAAGGGGUCAAGAUUUCUGAACCUCAGGGUGCAUUCUAUCUGUUCAUAGAUUUCAGCACGUACUACGGGUCAGUGGUUGAAGGUUUCGGGGAAAUUGCGGACUCUGAAUCCCUCUGUAGAUACCUGUUGGACAAGGCUCAGGUUGCAUUGGUCCCGGGAGUUGCAUUUGGAGACGACACGUGCAUACGGAUCUCUUAUGCAGCAUCCCUCCCCACAUUGCAGGCAGCUGUGGAGCGGAUCAAGAAGGCAAUCGUCUCUCUCAGGCCGGCUGUUCCAGUUUGA